CGGCUCCUCUCACCAUUCCGGGUCCCGCGUGACUAGCCGGGCCAAGCUGCGCGCGGGCUCCGCCUCCAGCCCUCCCGGCUCCGCGCAGGCUCCGCCUCCUCCUCGUCCUCCAGCGCUUCCCCAGGGCGCGGGCAGCGGUCCAAUUGAGGCCGACCGAGUUAUGAGAGCCGCCGGUCCGAGGGCGCGCAUGGCGCUGGCUCUGCUGCUGCUGGCCGAGGCGUCGGCCGCCGCCUCGUCCUCCGCCCCGCCGCUCUUCAACGUGAGCCUGGACGCGGCCCCCGAGCUGCGCUGGCUGCCAGUGCUGCAGCACUUCGACCGCGACUUCUUGCGCGCCUCUAUGGCGCAUAUCAUCGGGGAUACUGUCCCCAAGUGGGUCCUCGCAUUGAUCCGAAAGGCGGUCUGGGAGCUGGAGCUCUUCCUGCCCCAGCCCUUCACCGACGAGAUCCGCGGCCAGUGCGACGCUCUGAACUUCACCCUGGCCGACUGCAUCCUCCUUAACCUGGCCUACGAGUCCACAGCAUUCUGCACCAGUAUUGUGGCUCAGGACUCCAAAGGCAACAUUUAUCAUGGCCGGAAUCUGGAUUACUCUUUUGGAAAUUUCUUACGCAAGUUGACAGUGGAUGUGCAGUUCAUAAAGAAUGGGCAGAUUGCUUUCACAGGAACCACCUUUAUUGGCUAUGUAGGAUUAUGGACCGGUCAGAGUCCACACAAGUUUACUGUUUCUGGCGACGAACGAGGCUGGACCAGGAAGAUGCUGGUUAAGGAUAUAUCAUUGUCCAAGGGACUCAGUUCUUUAUCCUCAUGUAUUUCUUCAUCAUUUUCUCAAAUGUCACCUAUGAGUGAAACUAAUUCUCAACCAUGGUACCCAAACCACAGCAUGACAGUUCCUGAAGUUUUACGGAGAAUGACUGUAAACAUGUGUAAACAAAAUUAUUUAACUGAUAGCUAUGAUAAAGGCUCGUGGUGGGAGAAUAUGAUUGCUGCCCUUUUUCAGAGACACUCACCGGUCAGCUGGCUUAUCCGCACUACCCUGAGUGAAUCAGAAAACUUUGAAGCAGCUGUUUACGAAUUGGCCAAGACUCCCCUUAUGGCUGACGUUUAUUACAUUGUUGGUGGCACAUUCCCCCAGGAGGGAGUGGUCAUCACAAGGAACAGAGAUGGCCCAGCAGACAUAUGGCCUCUAGAUCCUUUAAAUGGAGCGUGGUUCCGAGUUGAGACAAAUUAUGACCAUUGGAAGCCAGUGCCUAAGAGAGAUGACCGAAGAACACCUGCCAUCAAAGCUCUUAAUGCCACGGGCCAGGCAAACCUCAGCCUGGAGACGCUUUUUCAGGUUUUGUCAGUGUUUCCGGUUUAUAACAACUACACAGUUUAUACUACGGUAAUGAGUGCUGCCAGCCCAGACAAGUACAUGACUAGGAUCAGAAACCCGAGUUAAAAGCAGAAGAGUGAAUUCACCUAUGCUAUGAAGAUGAUCUUUUUAGAUGAAAUUUUUGAAGAGCUGCACUUUAAAAAAUAAAGUGAAAAGAUUAUAUUUUAUGACCGUUACAGGCUCUUUCCUCAUUAAACUUUUCAACAUUGUGAAGUGGGGGCAGGAGGAUGAGUUUGGAGCGUGUUGUGGUAAAGUGGGGUGGUAGCUGUCCUCAUUCACCUUCCUUCAGGGCUUGCCUUGGCCGUCUCUUAGCUGCUUCUGUUCUGGCUUUAACAACUCAAAUAUAAUCGGUCUCAGAGGGCGAGCCAUAUCCUCGGGCUUUAUUCCCAGCUUCUUACCAUUACUUAACAGCUAUUUUGUCAUACCUGAGUUUAUAAAGAAAUGAGCGGGCAAGACCUCUUUGUUCACUAUGAAGUGCUUCUGGAAGAGUCUGCCAAACUUAAAUAAAAUUAACAACAGUUAUUAUUAAGCAAAGAUGAGUUUAGCAGAGGGAAUAGCAGACGAAUUACAAUUCGGGACAAGCAAACCAUGGCGAACCAUAGGCAAAUCUGAGGAACAAAGGGAAGGUUAGCUUUUAUUGGAAUCUGGGAGGAAACCGGGGAGUGUUGUUUUGAACAAAAGUUCAUUAGAGGAGAACAAGAGUUCAGGGUUGUUGCAGUUUCACAUUGGUUGCAAGUGAUGGUCCGUUUGCUGUUACUGAGAAAUGCAAACGUAAAAUA